AUGCGCCGAAGCAAUGAAAAGACAUCAAGCGAGUCAGAAGAAUCGGAAGAAGAACUGAAAGAGUACAAAUACACCAACCUCGAGAAGCCCAGUUCCAUUCGUCUCUUGAAGCUCCGACCCGGCGGAUGGAGGUCCGGCGAAGUGCUCUGCGACCUAGUCGAGGACGACCUUGAUUGGCACGACCCCGAAAAAGCCGACAAGUCAAAGAAUAAGAAGACAGACUAUGAAGCUCUAUCAUGGAACUGGGGAACCCUUCCCUGGGACAGAAAGAUCCGCGUCAGCCACAAAGGCGAAGACUAUUACCAGCUCGUUCCUCCCAGCUUCGAAGCCGCGCUGAGAGCCCUCCGCGACCGGCGCAAUUCACGCGUGCUAUGGGUCGACGCGAUUUGCAUAUAUUCCGAUCGAUCCAGCAUUAAGUACCUCAGAAAUCUGAGGUCUUUCAUUCAGCGUCCUGAGGAGCCAAAUCGGGAUCCUCGGAGCACGGGAGGAAUGAUCAAGGUGGCGGUUGGCGAUUGCCCACCCGCAGAAAAUUGGAAAACAAAUGUUGUUAGUCCAGUAGGUGAUAGGUGGUAUUGGCGUUGGUGGAAGUCAUGA